GUUUAAUAUAAAUUUACUCAAUUUAUCGCGUAAGUGGGGCAAUAUCGCUAGCCAAAAUGGCCGACGCCGACGAUGGAGCUGAGUUAUUGUUCUUCGACACUUUCUCACAUGAAGAAGUUACCGAUAUCAACUUGGACUUGGUUCAGUUCCCGAAGCCCGUGUUUAUAACACAAGUGCGUAUUAUACCAUUGGGUGCGCGAGUUCAAGCGGACUUUCCCGGCGGCGUUCGUCUAGGUGCCACGAAUCCGUCCAAGUUCGAUCUAGAGUUCUUUGUCAAUGAUUUGGGUAUGCCGGGUGCCUCAGCGUUUGAGAAUCUUGGCUUGUUGCGCUAUAACCAAAACGACUGCAUACAUCUGGACUGUUCGCAAGAGAAAAUACCAACUGAUGGUCUUGUGUUACGUGGCUGGUAUAGCGCCAUUACGUUAGCUGUAUAUGGCAUACUAACCAACAAUGUGACUGAGCCAAUUGCUAGCCCAACUUUACCGUGCGAGCCAGCAAUGACUGGACCCGAAAUUUGCAAUCUAAGCGGAGAGGUUCUCCUGCCCGAUGAAGUGAUCAAAGAUGAUUGGUCGGAGCCAAUGCAGACUGAGCUGAUGACUGCUUCUGCACACAAGGCUAGCGUCAGUGUCAGCGACUACGAGCACGAUGAUAUCGAAUAUGGCAUGUCGCGCGACCACUACCAUCAGCAUGCUGACGACGAGACGCGCGAAUUGCGACGCAUGCGACGGUCUACGCAUUCUACUGAUCACUCUCCACCGCCGCUACGCACGCACACGCACUCAGAGAGCAAUGACAGGGAAUACUUGCGCUGCUCACGCGACAAGGCGCCGCGUGAUUGGUCGCGCUCACCGGAGUACUCCAGUCACAGAGCGCGACGCAAGCGCUCAGAGCGCUCUCGCUCCGAUGCAGAUGAACACAAGUGGCCUCGUACGCCUCCCGUUUCAAUCGACUCGCCAACACGUCCUCGCUCUCCAGAUACCAUGGACUAUGACGACGACGAUACACGCUCGCCUUAUAAGCUGCAGAGCUCGCAUGGCUAUCGCCACUCUUCGGAGUCGUUACCACGAGAGCGUGAAGAAGAAGAGCGAGAUCGUGAAAGAGAACGCUCUGAAACACCGCAAGAGCAGUUUGAGCCCAUUCUAAGUGAUGACGAAAUCUUAGGGGACGAUAUAGAAGACGAAGACGAUGGAGUGGAUGCGGCUGCUGCAGCAGAGUAUGAGCGUGAGCUGGAGGCAGCUGCAGCAGCCGCACCACCUGCCAUAGACGCCUUCGAGCCAUGGCAACGUCCGCUCCAGAAAUACGAUGGCGACUUGCUGACUCAUUUCAGCAAAGAGCUCGAUACACUGCGGCUACUCUUCAAGAAGCUAUCUCUGCAGAUCAGAUGGGACAAUGUGAGUGCCUUUAACGAAGAGCACGGCGGAGUCACUGUAGACGAGCGAGAGCAGUUCGUCUACCUGGGCGAGCAAUUAAAUAUUCAACUGGGCUACUUAACGCAGCACUACAAGCGCCGCAAUUUUGUGCUCCAGCAGUUUUUCAAGAACGAUGAGUCGCAUUUGCGUCAAGCAGCGAACAUUUUACAGAUUGCAUUGAGCUUCCAGGCGGCCUGCAUGCAACCACAACCAGCAUUUAAAAUACGACAUAUCAAGCUGGGCGCACGCAUGGCUGAGUUGUUGUGCAACAACGAGCAGCUGUUCCGACAUCUGCUGCAGCAGCACAACUUUGAUCCGUUCGAAGCCGUCUUCAGUCUCUAUCAGGAGCCCUACAUGGCACUGUCUAUAAAACUGCAGCUGCUUAAAGCUGUCUACGCCAUGUUGGACACCCAAUUGGGCAUUAAGCAUUUCCUGGGCGGCAACACCAAUGGCUAUCAGCUCAUUAUCGAGUCUAUCAAGACGGCCAAGCUCACACGCACCAAAUACGCCCUGCAGGCCAUCAUAAAAAAGCUGCACCUCUACGAAGCAUUGGAGAGUGUGCGCAACAGCUGCAAUCAGCUCUUUGUUCGCAAAGUGGAACGGCCGCCACAGCAGAUCUGUCAGGAAAUCGAGUAUGCGUUUGAGAUGAUUAUGGAUGCUUUGGUAGCCAACCAGCUGAGCUUUCAGCAGCCGCGUCGAUUUCUGCCCGUCUCCAAGAAGUUCGAAGUGGUCACCGAUCCCAAUGCACAGCGAAGCUUUGGCAAUGCGCUGCAAUCCUACUUCAAACAGCAUGCGCUGGCCGAAUCCCUGCUGCUGAUUCUAAGCAAUGCCAAGGAACUACCAGCCACCACAUUCCUUUGCACGCUGGAUCUGAUGCAUGCUCUGCUCAAAUCGCACGUGGGCAUAGACUACUUUGUGGACGAUGCGUUCGAGGCGACACAACUUAUUGUGGCCAUACUUCUGGGUCUGGAUGAAGUGCCCACCAUGCCCAAGCCAGAAAUAGAAAAGGAGGAGGAAGAGACUGUUAAGUCUGAGGAACCGGAUAAGCCUUUGGACACAUCAGACAGCUCCGAUAAGGAAGCAGAGGUAAAAGCUGAGGGAGCAGCUGCUGCAACUGUGGCCAUUGACGUUGCCGUACAAACGGAGCCCACGCCAGUCAAAGCACCUCAAAAGCUGGCGCCCGUCCUUCGGCCCGUGUUGCCACGCUUAGCCCGCCUGGGGAUCGAGUUGGCCUACAAAGUGCAGACGCGCUAUCACCUGGAUGCGAUUGUGUUCACGGCAGCACUGCCUGAGUACGAUGCCAUCACAGUGGCCACACAUAUGCACGCAAUAUACUCACAGACCUGCGACCCGGCAGGUCGUCAGCACACCAUCGAGGUGCUGGGACUGAAUAAUAAUCUAAAGAUUUGCAUGGACCUCAUCAAAAAGGAACAGCGGCUGCAAGCGCAGCGACAGCUGAGCUCGCCAGGCACCAAAUACAAGAGUCCAGUGCUCAGCUAUGCGGUGGACAUGGUGGAUUGCUGUGUGCGCUAUUGUGAACAGCUGGACUACCUGAUCGAGCAUGGCGCUGUCAUAUUGGAGCUGGCCAAGAACCACGAGACCUUUGAGCCAUCUGUGUCGGCCGUGCUGCAGGAGAUGUAUGUGUAUAUGAAGCCAUUGGAGGCCAUUAAUGUGUUUAUCUACGAUGACAUCAUGCCCCUAGUUGAGGUGAUUGGGCGAUCUCUUGACUAUCUUACCACUUUCCCUGGGGAUUUGAUUAUGGCCUUGAGAAUACUGCGUUAUCUGGUCACCACGAAGUCGACACCGCCACCCGGCGUCAAGCAGUCCAAACGGCCGGACACGGAGGAGUUGAAACAUCGCUUUGUGGCCCUCCAGCUGUACGCUGCGGAUGGCGUACAGCUAAUGAUUCAGAUAAUGGAACGUCUGUGCACUUACUUUGAGCAGCCCGGAAUGCAUGCACCCGCUUUAAUGACCAUUCAGGGCGUGCACUGCUGCCAGAUUAUGUUGCCCACGCUGCAAAUUCUACGCGAACUGCUCUCCUAUGCCAUACUGUGCCGCGAUGGCGCCUUCAAAGACCUGACUUCGAUCGAUCAUCUGGUUAAGGUAUACUUCCUGUUGUACUAUUAUCCCACGCGUUGUCAGGCGGGUGCUGAGGUGGAACAGUGCAAGCUGGAAGUGGUACAAACACUGUUGGCCUAUACGCAGCCGCAUGAGCAAGACGAGGAGUCGUUGCAUAAGUCCCUCUGGACGCAAAUGAUACGCGAGGUGCUGAAGAACAUUGACGGGCCGGCCAACUUUAUACCGGGCCUGAAGCUACUGGCGGAAUUGUUGCCACUGCCGUUGCCCAUGCCACAGCCACUGAGCGAUCAACUGAAGCAGCAGCACAAGCAGCGUUUGAUCACUGAACGCAAGUUAUGGUCUGCUCACUUGCAUCCGCAGAGCGGACAAAUUGCCAAGCUGGUGGAAGCGCUGGCGCCUUCAAGUUUCCCGCAGCUGUCCGAGCUGCUGCAGCGCGUCUGCAUGCAGCUAUCAGACCUGGCGCCCAACAUGACGCUGCUCAUUGCAAAGACCAUUAUGGAACUGCUGUGCAAUGAAUACCAAAGCUCCAAUUGCAUGCCGACCACGAAUCUGGAGCGUCUGCUACGUUUCUCCACGCGGCUUUGUGCAUUUGCGCCUCUUAAGAGCUCCAUGUUGUCCAUAUUGUCGGGCAAGUUCUGGGAGCUGUUCCAGUCGCUGCUGUCGUUGAACGAGUUCAACGAGGUGGUCUCCAAUUGCCAGGAGGCAGUGCAUCGCAUACUCGACAGUUUCCUAGACUCUGGCAUCUCCUUAAUUUCACAUAAAUCCACAGCGCAUCCAGCGCUCAAUUUGUCGGCUGCACUGCCGCCCAAAGAACUAAUCCCACGCGUCAUCGAUGCUGUGUUCAGUAAUCUGGCCAGCGUGGAGGUCACUCACGGAAUUUCCAUCUUGGCUGUGCGUAAUCUGGUCAUCCUGACAGAGCACGACUACACUUUCUAUCAUCUGGCGCAGUUGUUGAAGCAGAAGAUUAGCGAGUUCCAGGCAUGGAUGGAACGUGUUAUACUCCACAAUGAGACGGUUGAGUAUAAUGCAAACAUUGAGUCGUUAAUUCUGUUGCUGCGCUCCCUGACUCAAAUUGAGCCAGCUCCAGCAAUGUCUGCCAUGCCUAGCCGAACGCUUAAGCUGGGUCCAUCUGAGCUCGCGCAGCUGCUUGAGUUUCAGGAUGUGGAGCUGGACAAGCCGCCGGUCUUGCAGCGCAUACUUAAAGUGCUCGAGAAGCACAAGGCCGUGGCCAAUGAGGCGGCUCUGUGUGAUUUGAAACAGCUUAUCGCCCUGCAGGCAUCCAAACAGGAGCAAGAGACGCAGCCAACAACGACUGCCUCAGUAGAGACACCAAAUGAAGGCGAUGCAAAUGCAACAGGUGGAAGCAACGUCAGCACAGGACCACUCAACAUUGAGCCAUAUCUGCCACAAGCUGAGGGCAUUGUCACCCAGUACGAGGCACGCCCCAUAUUUACACGCUUCUGUGCGACGGCUGAGAAUGCCCAGCUGACUGCGCGUUACUGGCUGGAGCCGCUGCCAAUUGAGGUCAUUGAGGAUAUGGACGAGCCGCUGUACGAGCGCAUUGCCUGCGACUUGACUGAUUUGGCCAAUGUGUGCUUAAAUCCCGAUCUGAAUCUCACGGGCGAUUGCAAGCGUGUGCUGCAUUUAUCUGGCUCUCCGCAAUCCAAUCGCGAGAUGACACCCACAGCGCCUUGUUUCCGUACGCGACGUGUCGAGGUGGAGCCCGCGACGGGCCGGCCUGAAAAGAAGAUGUUCGUAAGUGCGGUGCGAGGACGCGGCUUUGCACGGGCUCCACCCUCCCGUGGGGACUUAUUCCGCUCCAGACCGCCAAACACAUCACGACCACCAUCGCUACACGUGGAUGAUUUCCUGGCGCUGGAGACGUGCGGUGCACAGCCCACCGGGCCCACAGGCUACAACAAAAUACCUUCAAUGUUGCGCGGCUCGCGCGUAGGUCGUAAUCGCGGCUCACGCAUAUCAGCGGCAGCUGCCUACAGGCAGAAGAAGCUCUUACGCAUCGGGUCGCCCUCCAAUUGGUCUGAGACGACGGGCACGGCGUAUCGUUCGGGCGCUGCUGAAGGGCAUUUCAGCAGCAGCGACUCGCACUACACUUCGCCCCACUACAGUGGACGACCACGUGGGCGUGGCCUGCGCUCCAGACCGCCCUAUUUGCGCUAGGAACGGCGCCAGUACUUGCAUAUAUCAAACGUGUUUUGUUUAUAUUUGAUUUAUACAAUUUGUAUGUAAAGUAAUUAAACUUAAGCAUUCUCUGUAAUCACACAA